ACUAGCCCACAGGUCCGUGGCGGUUUUUGUCGUCCUCCGUUUGUCUAUUCGGUAUGAUACGGUGGAUAGUUUACCGCUUGGAAAGCAUCCUGGAUACUCUCCUGGGAACGAACGGGAACCAACAAACAGAAGCAACACCAACAGUUUCAACCAUCUGAUCUAGCUACAGCCAGACAUCAUGGACUAUGUGUGACUCACUAGGAUAAACUGAGCUGCCCCUGGGCCUGGUUAGCAUUUGACUUCCUCCGAUGAGGAGUGAGUCAGUCACUGUCCCCAACCGCACCUUGUUCUGCUGCCUGGAGUAGACCUACAGUCCGGGGACAUGGCCAAUCCACACCUGGCUAACCUGGCCUUUGCCUGGGAGAAGUACAUGGACUGCCGAGUACAAGGAGCAGAGCUACAGGUCAGUCUUCAGUGCCUGGAGAGUUUCCUGUGUCUGUUCCACUGUGUCCGCCACCUCCACAACAGCCAUGGCAACAAGGAUGCUCUGAAGUUCUGUUCUGAUAUGAGUGGGGCCAGUAACACUCUGGCAGGGAGUUCUCACCGACGUUCACCAGCUUUGCAGCGCCGUGGCUCAGAGGGCGGAGUCACGGGGAGAGGAGGACGAGGAGAGUCACAUGGUUGCCCUGGCGCCCUGGACUCCAUCAUCGACCAGGAGCUGACCUGUCGAGAGGAGCUGCUAACCCUGCUGCUGUCUCUACUGCCACUGGUCUGGAAGAUACCUGUUCAGGAGGAGAAGGCCCCAGAUUUCACCCUGCUGUCUCUGCUGGAAGUGUUCUUGAGCCGGGAGGUGAAUGCCGCCCCCCAGAGGGCGGGGAAAGAGCAGAAGACCGGUGCGUUGCACUCUGAGAAGCAGUCCCGCGGGGGCAGCAGCAGCUCCACCUGGAAGGUCCUGCGUCGCUCUCGCCGCACCGCCCAGCGCUACUCCGUAAGGGAUGCGCGUCGCUCCCAGCUCUCCACCUCUGACUCAGACGCCAACUCUGACAACAAGGCCGUCGCCGGUGGCACCGGUGGAGUGCGUAGUCGACGUUCUCGCGGUUCUACGAUCCGUGUGAGCUGCCAGCAUCACCGUUCGGAGGCUCCCUUGUUACCCUCGCCUCCUGUCCCCCCUCCCGAGAAGACCAUGGCAUCGCCUUUCCCGCUCUACCCCCAACCUCGGUCGCUGGGGGGGUCCCAGGCCACCCUGGACACAGAGACCCUGACUGACCCAGCUGCCCUGUCCAUAUUCAACAGGAUGGAGAACUCUCCCUUCGACCUCUGUCAUGUUCUGCUCUCGCUCCUGGAAAAGGUGUGUAAAUUUGACAUGAGCAACAACCACAACCCAGGUCUGGCUGUCAGUGUGGUGCCGACCCUCACUGAGAUCCUUACCGAGUUUGGAGACUGUUGUGGUCCAGGGGGGGGAGGUGAGGGGGUGGAGGAGCUGGCUGGAGGCUGGACAGAGGAACCCAUCGCCCUGGUCCAGAGGAUGCUGCUAAGGACCAUCCUUCACCUGAUGUCAGUCGACGUGGGUCAGAGUGAGGCUCUACCAGACAGCCUGCGACGCAGCCUGACCGACCUGCUCAGAGCCACGCUGAAGAUCAGGUCCUGCCUGGAGAGACAGGUUGACCCAUUCGCUCCCAGAACCAAGAAGACCCUGCAGGAGGUGCAGGAGGACUUCUCUUUCUCCCGCUGGAGGCAUCGCUCCCUGCUGUUACCUGAGCUGCUGGAGGGGGUACUGCAGGUGCUGUUGGGGUGUCUCCAUGCCUCGGCCCCCAAUCCCUUCUUCUUCAGUCAAGCUCUAGAGCUGCUUCAUGAGUUCAUCCAGCAUCGCGGCCUGGAGCUGUUUGAGGUCACCGUUCUGAGGCUAGAAGGGCUGGGCCGCGCCCGGGACUCUGAGGUGGGAGGUGAGGCAGCAGAUCGCCUGAAAGGACUGAUCUCCGGGGUCCUAAAGAUCAUCAGCUCUGUGAAGACCGCUAAGUCAGAGCAACUGCACCAGUCCGUCUGCGCCCGCCGUCGCCACCGCCGCUGUGAAUACUCUCACUUCCUGCAUCAUCACCGCGACCUCUCCGGACUCCCCGUCUCUGCUUUCAAACAGGCCGCCCGCCGUAACCCCUUCGAAGAGACCGAGGGGAAGGAGGGGUUGGAUGACGUGCGUUACCCAGAGAGGUGCUGUUGCCUGGCAGCCUGUGCCCACCAGUGUCUCCGUCUACUCCAGCGCCUGUCCUCCAGUGGACCAGCGGUGCUCCAGGUCCUAGCUGGGGUCCAGGCUGUGGGGAUCUGCUGCUGUAUGGACCCUCGGUCUGUCGUCGGCCCUCUACUCCACGCCUUCCAGGCCCCAGGGCUCCGCUCUUACCAGUCCCACAUCCUCUCUGUCCUCUCCCGGCUGAUCCUGGAUCAGUUAGGUGGUGGCCAGCCCUCUGAGAAAGCUAAGCUAGCCUCCUGUAACAUCUGUACUCUGGACAGCAGUCAGCUGCCGGGCCUGGAGGAGACGCUCCAGCAGGGGGAGGUCGGAGUGUCGUCCCCCACUUUGAGCUACCGUUCCCAUGGUAUCCUCCCCAGCGGAGGGGGAGCAGAGGAUAUGCUGUGGAAGUGGGAGGCCCUGGAGGCGUACCAGGGGCUGGUGUUCGGGGAGGACCAGGCACUCAGCCAACAGGUCGCGGGACACAUGUGUCACCUGAUGUUGAGAGGGAACGCUGUAGUCCAAUGGCAGCUCUACACGCACAUCUUCAACCCUGUACUGCAGAGGGGGGUGGAGCUAGUGCAUCACGCCCAACAACUGGGUGUGUCUACAGCGUGUAGCCAGGUGUGCUCCUACCACAUCCAGUGUCUACCUGUAGAGGUGCUACUGGUCUACCUGCAGACACUACCAACCCUGCUCAAGUCCAGGGUGAUCAGGAACCUUUUCCUGUCCUGUAACGGUCUGAACCAGGUGACUGAGCUCAUCUACCUGGACCAGACUCGGGCCUGGGCCCUCAAGGUGUUUGAGACGUUAAUACUUGGAGUUGGAGUGGAGCACCAGGACCCGGAGCAUGCCGAGGCCCAGGAGAGAGAGGCCACGCUCGGCCUGGCUGAGGAGCUGGGGUCCCGGGGCCCACAGAGCCUGUCUAAGUUCUACGAGUGUCUAAAAGAGGCACACCCAAGGAGACGGAUUGAGACCCAUCUGAACACCAUCAACCUCUUCCUGUGUGUGGCGUUCCUCUGCGUCAGCAAGGAGGCCGACUCGGACCGUGACUCGGUCAACGACUCGGAGGAUACAUCAGGGUACGACAGUACGGCUUCAGAGCCUCUGGGAGGGAGACUCCCCUGCCUGUCACCUGACAGCGUGGCCCUGCCCUCCAAGGAACAGGUGCGGCGUGCUGCUGACGUGUGGUCGGUGUGUCGCUGGAUCUACCUGGCGAAUCCCGUGUUCCAGAGACACUUCUACCGGCUGGGGGGACUAGAUGUCUGUUCCCGCCUCAUGACCAUGCUCAUCCAAAAACUCACCUCUCACACCUCGGAUGGCAAGGACAAGAAGAAGAGCGAUGGGAAGGACAAGACUCCUGACUCCUCCUCUGCCCCGUCACCAACCUGUAUACCAACCCCAGUUCAGACAGGUUCAACCACCCUGGGAGUGGAGGAUCCAGGCCAGCACCCAGCUGAAGCAGUGAGCCCAGGCCAGGGUGGGCAGGGAGAGGGGAAGGGGACCCAGAAGGAUCCUUCCAGGAGGCUGGAGGAAGAGUGGCCUCUACAGAGCAUCAGAAUGCUGGAGGCCCUGCUUGCGAUCUGCCUGCACAGCGCUAACUCAGGCCUGCAGAGGAUCGAACCUGAGCUUUCAUUCCAGCUCCAGUCAGUGGAGGAGACCCUGUUAGAGGUCAGGGAUCAGCUGUCCCACUCUGGGGUCGUGAACUCUGAUCUGGCUGUGCCCCUGUUUGACUUACUGCUCCGUGUGGCCCUGGCCGAGGUCUGCUCCAGUCCCGAACCCCAGGAGGACAAGGCUGAGAGGAAGUUAGCAGUGUGUGUGGAGAGUGUGGUCCCGGCGGGGGAUCUAUCUGAGGCUGAGGAGGGAGACGAGGUGCAGGGGUGUGGUGAGGCUCCAGUGCUGGGGGAGGAGGAGGGAUACGAAGCAGACAGCGAGAGCAACCCAGAGGACAUGGCCAAGCAGGAAGAAGGUAAGAGGGCCUAA